CAUGUCUUCACCGGCUGCUUUCCAAAUAACGCAGCGACGCGAGGAAGAAGAGAGCGAGCGUAUGUCGGGAGCAGCGAGUGCCAGAUUGUGUCUCCUCCCUUCUCCCCUCAUCUAAUGAUCCCAAAUCUCGUUCCCUGAGCGUUUGAAAGAUGGUUUGGGGUCUCUUUCCCGUCGAUACUGCGCGAGGUGUUCAGAAGUACUACAUCUUCUCCCGAAGGACGUACAAAGUUGGUCGAAAGGACUGUGAUGUGGUUGUUCAAACGGACACAUCAAUUUCGCGAGAGCAUGCUGAGAUUGUUGUUGAUAAAAUGACAUCUCAAGAUCCCUCUAUAAGUAAGAGCAUGACUUCUCCCACAUGUGUUCGAAUUAUUGAUCGAUCAAAGUUUGGUACAAUCAUCAACAAAGAAAUGGCAUCAAAAGCAACUCAGUUGAAGAAAAAUCAGGAGAUAAUGCUCACAGAUGGAGAUUCUGUUACUUUUGGAACAGGCAAUGCAACCUUCAGGUUCUCUUAUGUUCCUCUGCUGAUUUUUUUACAUUGUAUGAAAUCCACUCCAUUGGAUUCAGUGCUUCAGGCGACAAUAUCAAAUAUUGGGGCGUAUGCUACCAAUAGCUGGAGUUCUGAGUGCACACAUGUCGUUGUUGAAAAAUCUUCUCAGGUGACACCUGAGCUUAUUCAAGCUGUUUUGGCAAGGAAUCCUAUUGUUCUCAGUGACUGGCUUAAGGUGUUUGCUGAGAGGAGUAUAUGCACAGAAAUUCCUAGUUGUACUAUGUAUGUCCCAGAUUUGUGUUUAGAUGGGACAUCGGUAAAAAUUGUGGAGCCCAAACAACGGGAUAAAGUACUUGAAGGCUAUUCUUUUGUCCUUGGAUCAUAUAAGUAUAAAUUUGGGGAUAUGUUACAAUCUUUAUUAAAACUAGUUGGAGCUAGAUGCCUCAGUGCUGAUGAAUUUUCUUCAAAUAGUCAGACUUCUGCAGAUGGGGAGAAUAACCAGUUUAUUCUUGUUGUUCCUAUUACCUCUGCUGAUGAAUUCAAUCCCUCGCGUGAGCUGUCUUCUUUGGCCAGGGUUGUCGAUGUAAAGCUAGUUGCUGUUAUUCUAUCUGGACAGCUGGACGCCUCCAUCUUUGAGCAAUCGCCCUACGUCGUUUUAUCUUCGCAUUCGACUGACGAAACUGUGGUAGCUGCUUCAGAUACUGAAAUGGAUACUGCUGCAUCCGAACAUGUUUAUGCCUCAUCGAAACCUCAAGUUGCCAUCAGUCAGAAAAGCGAAGAUUUGCCGGAGCAUAGAUCUGAGUCUCAAAAGGUCCCUACAAGUUUCAGAAACAGAGAUAACAUCAAUGAGGACUAUGAAAAUUUAAUUGCACAAAGAUCUGAGGAUGGAAAAGUUGCUAAAACUCAUGAUAACAAAGAAAGUGAUAGUAUCUCCACCAUUCCCUCCAAAAAUGUUUCAGAUUCAAGCUCUAAAGAUGGUGUCAUAGAAAAAUUGGUGAAAAAUGAUGAAUCUGUUGACAGACAUGAAAAUUCAGAUAUCAUAUACAGCCAGGAUCUGAUCGUACAAAACAGUAGCAUGAAAAUUCCUCUAAGAUCCACUGCCAGAGGAUGUGUAAACUUCAAAUGUUUCAGAAAGAAAGAGAUUGUAUCUGGCAACAGCUUCAAGGAUCUCAUUCCCUUUUCAAAAGAUCCAUACAGAGAGUAUGAUUGCACAGGUAACCUGACAUCAGAAUACAUCACGGAAGAGAAGAAACGCAAGCAACUCGAAGCAAUUGCUGAGGAUUUGUUCAACAAUGACAAGGGGAGGAAGCGUGCUGCGGCUGGAACUUCUAUUUAUUCUCUUUUUACUCAGAAAUGACAAGUUUGGGUAUCCAGCAGCAUGCAUCAGUUUGUCAUUGUGUCUUGUUUUUAGCUUCUAUUUCUUAUCGAAUUAUUCCUAAUUUUUGGUUGGUUUGAUUUUCCACUGCUACUGAUGCUGAUAUCAAUUAUACCUCUGCUUGUGAACAAGUUUCUAUUUGUGCCACAAAACUGACUAAUCAUGCUAUCAUUGUUCAUGUGUUCUUGUUACCAGAUUUUGUGUACUGAAAGUGUGGCACCUUGCACUUAUUGUCAUCUGCCAAGUUGUCGGUUUACUGUGGAGUGUGGACCGUGUCGUGUCCUGAUGAUACUGAAGCUGAAUUCAGAUUCAGCCAUUUCUCGACUGUCAUGCAGGUUUUUCAGAUGCUAUUCUCAAUGUGUAGAUGCUGACAUUUUACUUCAGAAACUGCUGAAUAUGUUUGAGGCAAAGCAUGUCUUUGAGGAUCUAGCACAAGUCACUUGUAAAAUUUUCAUCAGAUCAUGCAAGCGUUCUCUGCAGGAUCUUACAAACCUAAUUAAACGUGGAAACAGUUGUUUCAAGUCUCACGGGGUGUCCAUAGGGUGAAAAUUUUACUAUAAUGGGGUAAGAGGUCCAUUCCAUAGGGUGAAAAUUUUAUUAUAAUGGGGUAAGAGGUCAAUGAAUGUAUAUCCUUUGGAAAAAAAAAUUCUCACAUCCUUUGUCAUUUGAUAGUCAGUUUUAAGUUGAUAUUGUGAUUUAGCUUUCUUCAUGUUAAAAAAACUCUUCACAUCUUUAGUCAA